AUGGCGAUGAGGGCAAAAGGAUGGUAUGGUAGCAGACAGAUUUGCAAGAGGCAGGAGCGGGAAAUGGCGCACAACCCAAUGGGAAAGAGCGAGGAGCAAGAGGCAAAAGAAGAGCCAGGGGUCUUGUUGCAAGGCGGCCAGAGAGGGGCGGGUGUGCAGAGUGGUCGUUUCGCAGGAAGAAGGAGCGAAGGGAUGGGUGAAGGAAAGAACGGGGUGAAAGGUGAGAAGGACGAAGGAGCGAACGAGUACGACUAUGGGAUUAUUACUGGGGCAGACGGGCUUCGAGAAGGGGAAAGGAACAAGCGGGAGGGCAAGUACGAGCAUAGGGAGCAGGGAGCAGGAGCGACCGGCGGGCGGCAGCAACGGCGGGGACAGCGCGACAGCGACAGACGGCAAACGGCCAGGGCAGAGCAGAAAGUGCGCGCGCGAUCGGAUGGGAGAGCUGUCAGGGCGCGCGCACGCAGCAGAGACCGGUGCUGGUUCUUUGUUCUGUUUUCGUCCUGA